AUGUUGCACCUUCGUCGUGUUACCGUACAUUCGUCAGUGUUACCGUACCUUCGUCAGUGUUACCGUCACAUUCGUCAGUGUUGCCGUCCUUCGUCAGCAUUACCGUACCUUCGUCAGCGUUACCGUACCUUCGUCAGUGUUACCGUACCUUCGUCAGCGUUACCGUACCUUCGUCAGUGUUACCGUACCUUCGUCAGCGUUACCGUUCCUUCGUCGUGUUACCGCACCUUCGUCAGCGUUACCGUACCUUCGUCGGUGUUGCCGUACCUUCGUCAUUAUUACCGUACCUUCGUCAUUAUUAUCGUAUCUUCGUCAGUGUUGCCGUACCUUCGUCACUAUUCCGUACCUUCGUCAUUAUUAUCGUACCUUCGUCAGUGUUGCCGUACCUUCGUCAGUAUUACCGUACCUUCGUCCAGUGUUGUCGUACCUUCGUCAGUGUUGCCGUACCUUCGUCAGUGUUGCCGUACCUUCGUCAGUGUUACCGUACCUUCGUCAGUGUUACCGUACCUUCGUCAGUGUUACCGUACCUUCGUCAGUAUUACCGUACCUUCGUCAGUGUUACCGUACCUUCGCCAUUAUUAUCGUACCUUCGUCAGUGUUGCCGUACCUUCGUCAGUGUUACCGUACCUUCGUCAGUGUUGCCGUACCUUUGUCAGCGUUAACGUACCUUCGUCGAGUGUUGCCGUACCUUCGUCAGUGUUGCCGUACCUUCGUCAGUGUUACCGUACCUUCUGUUGCCGUACCUUCGUCAGUAUUACCGCCUUCGUCAGUGUUACCGUACCUUCGUCAGUGUUGUACCGUCAGUGUUACCGUACCUUCGUCAGUGUUGCCGUACCUUCGUCAGUUUACCGUACCUUCGUCAGUGUUCCCGCUGUUGCCGUACCUUCGUCAGUGUUACCGUACCUUCGUCAGUAUUACCGUACCUUCGUCAGUGUUCGUACCUUCGUCAGCGUUACCUUGUACCCGUCAGUGUUGCCGUUCCUUCGUGUUGCCGUACCUUGUGUUAUACUUCGUCAGUGUUACCGUACCCGUCAGUCUUGCCUUCCCUUCCAGUGUUGCCGUACCUUCGUCAGUGUUACCGUACCUGACAGUGGUACCGUACCUUCGUCAGUGUUGCCGUACCUUCGUCAGUGUUACCGUACCUUCGUCAGUGUUGCCGUACCUUCGUCAGUGUUGCCGUACCUUCGUCAGUGUUGCCCGUACCUUCGUCAGUGUUGCCGUACCUUCGUCAGUGUUGCCGUACCUUCGUCAGUGUUGCCGUACCUUCGUCAGUGUUGCCGUACCUUCGUCAGUGUUACCGUACCUUCGUCAGUGUUACCGUACCUUCGUCAGUGUUGCCGUACCUUCGUAGUGUUGCCGUUUUGUCAGUGUUGCCGUACCUUCGUCAGUGUUGCCGUACCUUCGUCAGUGUUACCGUACCUUCGUCAGUGUUACCGUACCUUCGUCAGUGUUACCGUACCUUCGUCAGUGUUGCCGUACCUUCGUCAGUGUUACCGUACCUUCGUCAGUGUUACCGUACCUUCGUCAGUGUUGCCGUACCUUCGUCAGUGUUACCGUACCUUCUCGUCAGCCGUCAGCCGUCAGUCGUCAGCCGUCAGCCGUCAGCCGUCAGUCGUCAGCCGUCAGCCGUCAGCCGUCAGCCGUCAGCAACAAGAAAUGUACUCCCACACUUACUCUUGUCUUCUCAUCGCUU